CUCUUUCUUUAUUCGUCAAUAGAAGAAGAAGAUCGAACGAAGGCUCCUUCCGUUAUUCCAUUCAGCGAUUCCAUGGUGGCGAGAGGCGUGCCGGCAAUGGCGGCGGUGGCCGUUGCCGCCCUUGACUUGACGGAAUCCUCCAACUGGUGGCGGGACAUCAACCGCUCCCCGCUCUGGCAGGAUCGCAUUUUCCACCUCCUCGCCAUCCUCUACGGAAUCGUCGCCGCCGUCGCUCUCGUUCAAUUAGUGCGAAUACAAUUGAGAGUGCCGGAAUAUGGUUGGACCACGCAGAAGGUCUUUCACUUUCUCAAUUUCAUUGUGAAUGGGGUUAGGUGUUUUGUUUUUGUCUUCCGUCGGGAUGUGCAGAAGUUGCAGCCAGAGAUUGUCCAACAUAUCUUACUUGACAUGCCUAGUCUUGCUUUCUUUACAACUUAUGCACUGUUGGUACUGUUCUGGGCUGAGAUUUAUUACCAGGCACGCGCAGUAUCUACUGAUGGUCUCAGACCAAGUUUCUAUACGAUUAAUGCUGUGGUUUAUGUUAUUCAGAUUACUUUAUGGUUGAUAUUAUGGUGGAAACCUAUCAGCGUGCUAGUCAUCCUGUCUAAGAUGUUCUUUGCAGGGGUUUCUUUGUUUGCAGCCCUUGGCUUUCUUCUCUACGGUGGAAGACUAUUCUUGAUGCUGCAACGCUUUCCUGUGGAAUCCAAAGGUCGACGCAAGAAGCUACAAGAGGUUGGCUAUGUGACUACCAUAUGCUUUUCAUGCUUCCUUAUCAGAUGUGUUAUGAUGUGCUUUAAUGCAUUUGAUAAAGCCGCCGACCUUGAUGUCUUGGACCAUCCCAUUCUGAAUUUUAUAUAUUACCUGUUUGUGGAAAUAUUGCCUUCUACUUUGGUCCUUUUCAUUUUGAGGAAGCUUCCUCCCAAGCGUGGUAUCACACAAUAUCACCCAAUACGCUGAAAAGACUAGCAUAUGGAGAAAAUUUAGUCAGGAUUUCGUUGGUGGUUCUCUGCUUUCUUUGAUGUUUCUCACACCACCCUAAAAGGAUAAUUUCUAGAGGACAGAGAAGUCAGUCUUUCUUCUGUUGGCAAAGCUAAUAUCAUUGUUUUAAAGUUCUCCUAAGGUUUGUGUAGGUUUUGAAACGUGACAUUUUAUGGAUUGUCAAACACGUUGGCUUGUGUUAUAUAAGUGAUAUUGCAUUGUCUCUAGGAAAAUGUGGUUGCUGUUCAGGUUCUGCAAUUCAACACGAUGAGCAAACCUUUUUUGGGAGAAAAGGACACUGAUAUAUUGUAAAAUAGUUUCUUAAGUCUUGUAACUGCUACUAGUUGGUGAAAUGAAAUGUACUGUUCCUUUUCAGUCA